GAUGUAUGUAUCUCAUGGAUCCUUAUGAAACUUUUAGAAUUGGGAAAACUUCCGGUUAGUGUCGAGAAACUUUUAAAUCGACCACACCUACUCAACAGUAUCUUUUUCAGAAUUUCCUGUCGAUUAUCAUCUUAGGGAUUGUCAGGGAACUGUUCAGGAAGAGAGGUACAUAGGCUCAUCAUUUUUCGUGAAAAACAACCUAAAAAAGCUCUCCAAGGCUAAGUUGGCUAACAACACGCACGUAAACGCACGGUAUCCUUUUGUUAUACCAGCCAAUCACGAUACAUGCUCACUGGACAUCGUUCAAGCAAUAUUAUAUGACGGCUGGAGAGCAGAUCAACUUCAGGUGUUCUUCAUGCAAAGACAGUUACCCCGACCAAAAUAUGGAUAGCGUCUUCGACAGAAGUUAGCAUAAAUGCCUGAGAAAGAAGUUUUACUGCCAUUGGAGUUAUGGCGGGUUGUAUUAAAGCACCUUUCAGUGCUAGAUUUGUGUCGAUGUUCGCAAGUUUGCCAAGAGUGGAGGGAGCUUGUGAAAAGUUUGGAUUCCACUCGUUGGAAAGAACUCUUCUUGGCGUCCAAGCGUUGGAAACAUCCCAACUGGCCAAAUUACACACAAAAAGAACCUUCUUCAUGGAAAGAUACAUAUAAGAUUCAUUAUAUGGCUUCAAAACAAUGGGUGAAUAGGAGUGUAGAAGUUCGUUGUGCCCCUUGCUUAUAUUUGUUUAGAAGAAGGCUCGAAAGACGGCGUGUUCUUCGAGUUGGACGUGGAAGAGAAUUUCUGACCAUUAAAAGCGCAAUAGCUGUGGCAGCGCCAUUUGACUGUUUACUUCUUAAUGCUGGUGUGUACGACGAACAGCAUGUACUGAGCGUUAAGUUUCCGAUCGAGAUUUGCGGUGAAGGACAACUGGGAGAUGUUCAUUUACAGAUUCCUAUUGAACAACAAGCUUCGACAACACGGAUUCAAAAUAUUAUUCUACAACCCGGUGUACAGAGGUCACAGAAUCCCCUGCCUGUUAUUUUGAAGGUUGGGACUGGGCAUGUUCAGUUGGAUAACUGUGUUUUGGAACAUGGCCAGGUUCAAGUGUCAUCACCUGGAAGUAUUGUCAUUCGUUACUGUACCUUUAAUAAUGCUUUUGUUACAUUGCGUUCUGUUGGUUACAGCAGAAUUGAAAAUUGCAAGUUUAGCACGGAUGAAACCUCUGCUGUGAUCAUAGAAGGGCUUCCACCAAUUUCACGACCCAGGCCAAUAUCCAGACCUGUUGAUGACUGGAUGAUAUCCAACGGUAUUGACUCUCUUGGUCUGGAAGACUUGUACGACCUGUCAGUCGUUGAUGGGGAGGUGGGGGCACGCAAUGGUCUGAAGGCAAUUCCAGACAAAGGUGUACAGCCACUGAAUAGCAAAUGUCCUCCAGUUGGUACAAAAAGGAUUGACAGUCAACCAAAAGGUAUCAAUAGCAGCCAAUUGACUGCUCCUACCAGUGACACCUGCCAAUCUAAAAAUCCUCAAAGCAUUGGUUGUGAUUCCCGCCCAAGACGAUACUACCUGGAUACACAAUGCCGUGACAUUGUGAGGUCCAUACAUGGUUGCAUUAUAAGAAAUAACUGCUUUUGUGUUGGCAAGGGAGCAGUGCUUGUCAGGCGCAGGGGACAUGCCUGGAUUGAAGGAAAUGAAAUUGGCCGUUUGUCACAUGGUGUGAAAUGUCUUGCAGGUGCCAAAGUCAUCAUUUUGAACAACAGAAUUCACAAUUGUGGAACAUCUGGGAUAUUUUUCAGAGAGAGAUCCACUGGUUUAGUUGCUGGAAACCACAUUUAUGGGAACAAAGAGGCUGGAGCAGACAUACGAAGUGGCUCAGAUCCAAUUUUACAACACAACCAUAUUCAUAGUGGGAAACGAUCUGGAGUGGUCAUCUUAGAUCGUGGCAAAGGUGUCAUAAGGGACAAUGACAUUUAUGACAAUAAAGAAGCAGGAGUUUAUAUUCUUUACAGAGGAAAUCCUAUUGUCAAGCACAACAGAAUCUGGGCCGGCCGUGCAGCAGGCGUGGCUGUCACGGAAGAAGGAAGAGGUCACAUCCUCUACAAUGACAUCUGUGGCAUGGAGUGGGGAGGUGUUGACAUUCGUAAUGGUGGCAACCCUGAGGUCACAAACAACUGGAUCAGGGAUGGGCAUGCUGAUGGUAUUGUCAUUGGGGAGGGUGGGAAGGGAGUCAUUAUGGACAAUGAUAUUCGAGGCAACAGUGGUUGUGGGGUCUGGAUCCUAACUGUGUCUAAACCACUUGUCUAUGGAAAUCGUAUUGUGGACUGAGGUGACAGUGGGGUGGCACUUGUUAGUAACAGUGAUCUUCACCAUGACAACCAACAACUCAGUUCACAGUUUGCACAGUCAGAGCAAGAGGAACAGCAAAUUCAGCCUCUGUUCUUUGAUGAAGAUUUGUCCUCUACCUCAAACUUUGAAGACCACGAGCAAUCAGUUGACUUGAAUGGUCCUCGACCAGACAAGAAUUUCGCUUGUGUUGAUAAUAAUACGAUCUUUGACAAUGCGGGACAUGGGAUCCACUUUUCCGGAAGUGAAGGUCUGCUCAUCCGGGGCAAUAACGUUUAUAACAACGAAGGUUGCGGUAUUAGCAUCGCCAAGCCAGCGGAGAUUACCAUUCAAGAUAAUAGUGUUUGUAGGAACAGCAGCUCAGGUGUCUGCAUUGAAAUUGGCUGCGCUGCCAAUGUCAGCGGUAAUGGUAUCUAUGGAAACCGAAAGCAUGGUAUCGUUGUAUCUGGCAAAGGACUAAUUAAGGAAAAUGAUUUGUUUUGUAAUGCAAUGAGCGGCGUUGAACUCCGAGGACCAGGAGACCCUUACAUUACUCGAAACCGCAUCCAAUCCACGGAUAGCUAUGGAGUGAAUAUUAUGGAAAAUGCACGAGGGUACGUGGACAGCAACGAUAUCUACCAGUGCACAUCACCAGGAAUAUAUCAACACCCAGACAGCACAGUACUGGUUAUAAAUAACCGUAUUAUUCCAGUAAAUACCAAAAAUGGCUGUCAAGUCUGUAUUGUCAACCGAGAUACCAACGAAUGUAGCCAUGACCCUGAGGGACUUGAUCUGGACUCACCUCCUCGCCCCCUGUUGCCUAAUAAGGAGAACAAAUUUCCCAGGCCUCCCGUGUCACGUUUGUCGAUGUCAACCUCUGGAAAUGGUCAUAUAGUGGCCGGGAUGGCCUCAUGUCACGGACGGAGCCGGUUUUGUGUCAUUUCAUGAUAAUUAUUUUUCCCUCGGGAGAAUACGACUUACCUAAGAUUUUCCACAACAAGCCAUUCAUUUUACAAACCGGAUUAUAGGAAGUAUAUUUUCAAGAAAGUAGCUACUUUAGUAAUUUCCUUAACUGUAAGUAUUGGUUUACAGCCCAGGAAGGGAACUUCAAUCACGAUUGAAGUUUCUCGUCGACUCAUUGUACUUUCCUCUAGUAAGACCUUCGGUGAUUACCACUGUGUCUUGUUCUCUUUUUUAACUGAGUGUAUUAUAGCUGAUACGUUAUAAAAUUAACGUUUAGAGACACGGUUGUAUCUACUUUACUUAUGUGUGAAGCUUUUCAAUCCCCUUUGCUUCUCAUAAGGCUAAACAAGUUGAAUCUAAAUGAUGAAGUACUGAAUAUUGUUGAAGAGUAAGAAAAAAUCUUGCUUAAUAAACAACGCCAAGGUGGUGUACGUUUCAAAUUU